UUGAAUGACUUUUUAUGUCUUUUCUAAUUAAAUAUUCAAGAAUAAUUCAUCACUAGAAUAUUUUAUUUUCUCCAUUCUUUAAAUCUUUUCUCAAAGUUUUUGCUUUUCUUUACAAAGAAAAAACAAGAAACAUAUUAUAUUCUAUCCUUAUAUUGGAGAAUAGUGUCAGAUUAUCAUAAGAAUAUGUUGAUCAAGAACAAGAUCCCAUUCUUACAAAUUGUCUAUAUUUUCUGGUAUUUAAAUUCUUGAUCUUAUUGUAUUAGUAAUUUGUCAAAGACAAGAAGAUGGCUAUUAUGGGCAUUUUCAAGAAGUUUAAACCUCAUUUUCUUAUGAUUUUAGCUCAGAUUUGCUAUACUUUUCUGUAUUUCAUAACUGAAGCUUCCUUCAAUCAUGGGAUGAAUCCUCAUGUCUACGUUACUUAUCGGCAUAUUGUUGGUGGUUUAGUUAUGUUACCAUUUGCCUAUUUUCUCGAAAGACAAACAAGACCAAAGUUAACUUUGUCUUUGCUAUUGGAAAUCUUUGUACUUUCUCUUAUGGGAGUGAGUUUGACGUUGAAUAUGUACUUUGUGAGCUUGAAUUUCACUUCUCCAACUUUUGUAUCUUCUAUGGUCAACACUAUUGCUGCACUAACCUUUGUAUUAGCAGUAAUACUCAGGUUGGAAGUUGUUAAUGUUGGAGAUCCUAGGGGAAUAGCAAAAAUCUUAGGAACAUUGGUUUCAUUGGCUGGUGUAAUGACAAUGACAUUGUACAAAGGAGUUUGUCUGAAAAACCUAUGGCAACCACUCAUCUAUAUGCAAAGAGGUGGCAGUUUUGUGCAUGAAAAUUGGUUGAAAGGCUCCAUUUUGACUGUUGCUAGCUGCAUUACAUGGUCCAUAUGGUACAUCAUGCAGGCUUACACACUAAAAAGAUAUCCAGCACAAUUGUCACUAACUACAUGGAUGAGUUUUGUUGGAGCAGCACAAUCAGCUUUCUAUACAGUCAUUGUACAACAUAAAAGAGCUGCUUGGACCAUUGGUUUCAACAUUGAUUUUUGGUCAACAAUAUAUGGUGGUAUAGUGAUCUCUGGUUUAGUGGUGUUUAUUCAACUUUGGUGCACUGAGCAAAAGGGACCUGUUUUUGUAACUAUGUUCAAUCCACUAUCAACUAUAUUAGUGGCAAUUCUAGCAUACUUUGUCUUUGGGGAAAAGCUAUAUAUGGGCAGCAUAAUAGGAGCAGUAAUAGUCAUUGUUGGCCUUUACUUGCUCUUAUGGGGAAAAGAAGAUCACAAAUCAGAGAGAAAUGAUGAAGAAAAAUGCAGCACAAUCAAAAGAGAACAACUUGAAGACCAUAUGAUGCCAAAAUUAGCAUCAAAUGCAACUGGUUUUAAAGCACAAACUUAGAAAUCCUUGCCAUUCAUUUGGACAGCAAACAAAACUUAUACUAGCUAAUUCCAAGACUAUAUACAAAAAUCCAAAACAAUAAAUAAAUAUAAAAUCAAGUAUCGGGAGUGCUUAUCCCUUAAUAGACUUUAUGCGGCGUGAAUCUGAAUUAGUCGAGCCAAUGACUAUCGGAUACGAGAUGGUUAAACCAAAAAAAUUGAGAUCAAAUUGAGCUUGGUUUCCAAAAAGACCAAAAUUAUACAAGAGAUUGUUGUACUAAUUUGGUGCUUCAUUU